AGCCCAGAGAGAGAUCGAACAGAAUUCCGAGCGGGAGAGCGAUCGACGGAGAGAGAGAGAGAGGAGUCGCCUCGAAACCCUAGCCGUUUCUCCUCUGAAAUCAGCACGCCCUUCGACGAAGAUUGUUCUUCCUCGUCUAUUCAAAGCUCUGAGUCCUUCGCUCUUCCACAGCACGGGUCCGCAUCUGCUACAUUCCAGGCAUAGACGGUCGAAUUUCCUCGCUCUAAAGCUCCGAACUAGCAGAUUCUUCAGAAAUCGCCGAUUGGGGUUCUGAAGUCCGCGUUAGGGUUUGAGCCUGUAAAGUUCUUCGAUCAAGCCAGUUUUUGCUUGCAAAUCUCUUAGAAAGCGGGAGAUUCUCGAAGGUUCCAUCGAUGCGGACUCUCUCCAAGCGUCGGGUCGUGCCGGUUCUCGUUGCAGCGGCAUUUUUGGCCGUGUUCCUACUCGCGUUUUCUUCCGGCAUGCAGCAUUACGAGCGUCCGAUGCAGCUGACACCGACCGCUAAUGAAAGAUCACGUCGUUCUCUUUCUUCUGUCGGCCGCAAGCUUCUGGACCAUGCGGCAGAAGAGACGAACAGGAUCGGUGAGAGGUGCUCCAAGGACGACAUACGGCUGUAUCAGGGGGCCACGACCCCACUCCCCAACGGCAUUCCGACGUAUACGGUCGAGAUCCUCAACGUUUGCGUGAGCGGGUGCGCCAUCUCAGGCAUCCACCUCAGCUGUGGCUGGUUCAGCUCUGCGCGCAUGAUCAACCCCACCAUCUUCAAGCGCCUCCGCUACAACGACUGCCUCGUCAACGACGGAAAGGCUCUCUCUAACGGCGGCAGCAUCUCCUUCCAGUAUGCCAACACCUUCCGUUACCCCCUCUCUGUUUCCUCCGUCACCUGCUACUGAACUAGUAGUAUAGU